AUGCACGAAGAAACUUGCACAAUGUCUACCGUUAUCAAAUGGAACAAAAAGUGGUUGUUCUUUGUUGGCAUAGCGCUGGGCUUCGUGCUUUUCAACUGUGUCUACCACACCCGUAUCGGCAAGUUUAGUGUCAUCACCCCGGAAAAGUCGAAGUAUUCCGUGUGGCCUCAGUUUGAAUCCAAAUCGCCGAUUAAUAAUAUUUUUUUCAGGUCCGAAUGUGUCAAGGCCGCUAACUACAGCCUAACCGGACUUUCUGAUAUAAAAACACAGUGGGCAAGGGCACAGCAUCCAUUAUGCCAAAAAUACUACAACAAGUUUACAUCCAUCUUCACACUGAAGACCAGGAAGGCAACACUGUCCAUUCCUGAAGGCUUUCGGUCAAAAGUCAGGGGCUGGCUGGCAAACAAUGAGGAUCUAUAUCAGGAAAUUUUUGUUCAGGAUAUCAUACACAUUAUCAGUGAGUUCACCAGGGAGCACACAGUCUUCAAUCCACUGAGAGACAAGAGGCCCAUACAGCCACCAGACCAGUCACAAAGUGAAUAUUUUGAUGAACUUCUGAAAGCCACUGCAAAAACCUGUGACUUUUGCAAUUUCACUCAUUUUACAGCAGAGCAUACAUUUGGCCGAGUGCAGUCCAAACAUGCCUUCACUGCCUCCAACAUCUUCAAGAUUGAUACACUGCAUGCGGUAGUGGCUAUGAAACAGCACGACCCUUUGCACUGGUCAUUAGAGGAGUUUGUGGAUCUGUUUCGUCUGACAGAAACUUGGAUCAAGAAAGCAAACAGCCACUAUCCUCAAGCGAGAUACCCGGCCCUGAUCUGGGACAUCCUGCCUAAAUGUGGGGCCAGCCAGGUACAUCCCCACCUGCAACUAGUGCUGGACUUUGAGAGGUAUCAUGGAGAGAUUGAAGCCUGGAGAAGGGGAGCCCAAGAAUAUUACAGCCUGCAUAACUCCAACUACUUCACUGACCUUGUGGCUGUAUACUCAGCCUUGAACCUGACUGUGACCUAUGGAAGUGCUGUUGCCUUUGCCAGCUUGGUACCCAAGAGAGACCAUGAAAUGGUGAUUAUGGCGAGAGAACCCAGCACAGACUUCUAUACCUUGCUGUUUGCUGUUUUAAGAGCAUUCAUUGAUGACUUCCAUAAGAUGUGCUACUCCAUGGGGAUGGCCUAUCCUGCAGUUGACACACCAGAAGGAAAGUUGCCCAUCUAUGCUCGGGUCAUCACUAGGGGCUUUGUCACAGACAUACGUUCUGAUAUCAGUUCUUUUGAGAUGUUCUUGGCAACAAAUGUAAACAUCGAUCCUUACAAGACAAUAGACGUUGUGAGAAGUUCAGUCAACCAAAGAUUAAAAAACAUGAACCUUUAA